CUGGAAAACUCGCGGCGACGGAUUGUCCGAUACUAUCCGUCGCGUUUUGUAUUGUUUAUUACUUGGCGAUUAUCGUGAGUCAUUCAGUGAAAAGUUGUCCUCGGCGGCGCCUCGAGUGAACCGAACGAUGGCGGUUUGCUGCAGUGUUACGUGAUCGCGGCCGGAGUUUGAUAGACGCGUUUCUACUAGACGUGUUUUCGGCCUGGAGCCAGCCGAAGCGCGUCAUAACCAGCGCCUGAAUGCGCCAUCCGGUCACGGAAUCUCUCUGCGGCGGAUAGGCUUGAUCGCUGACUCAGGCGGAGGUGAUAGAGCGGCACAUGGCGGCCGAGCCGAGUUACGUGACCCUGGACCAACAGUCGCGGCUGCCCGUGGCCCAACCACAGCAGCAGCCGCACGUGGUCAUCCUGGAGCAGCCCGCGUCGAGAGCGCUGCGGUUUCGGUACCAGUGUGAGGGCCGGUACCCGGGAACCCUCGUCGGAGUCAGCAGCACCGCCGAGAACAAGACGUACCCCACCAUCAAGGUGAUGGGCGUGCAAAAGCCAGCAGUGGUCGUGGUCUCGUGCGUCACAAAGGACCAGCCAUAUCGGGUACAUCCACACAACCUUGUCGGCAAGGAGGGCUGCAAGAACGGGAUCUGCACACAGCACCUCAAGCCAGACAUGACAUGCACCUUUACAAGCCUGGGCAUCCAGUGCGUCAAGAGGCGAGAUGUUGAGCAGAACUUGCUACAACGAGAAAACAUUCGAGUGGAUCCUUUUCGAAAUGGCUUUGCUCAUAAGGACCAAGCGGCCAGCAUUGACCUCAACGCUGUGCGCUUGUGCUUCCAAGUGUUCCUCGAAGGCUCGCAGCCGGGGAAGUUCACCGUUCCCCUUCACCCCGUCGUCUCGGACAUCAUUUACGACCGCAAGGCUAUGUCUGACCUAACGAUCACAAAACUCAGUCACACAUGUGCUCCCAUGUCUGGUGGCCUGGAGAUGAUCCUGCUGUGUGACAAGGUUGCGAAAGGUAAGUACGACAUUGAAGUGUGGUUUGAGGAGGAGCGAGAUGGCCAGACAGUCUGGAAGGAGCGGGCCGAGCUGCUGCCCAACGGGGUGCACAAGCAGGUGGCCAUCUGCUUCAGGACGCCCCGUUACCGGGAUCCCGUCAUGGCCGACGUGCCCGUCGAUGUGCACCUACUCCUGCGGAGGCCUUCCGACGGUGCCCUCAGCGAGCCGCGAGCCUUCACCCUUCACCCGAACGAGCGGGAUCCCGAGGCAAUAGAACGCAAGAAACGCAAAAUAGGUGAAGGCUACUUUGACCGGUACUUCCAGGAGAACGUUCUUCUAGGUGCAUCUGCUGCGCAAGUGGUGUCCGUGCCUAGAACAAUAAGGCAGCCAGUCAGAACUCAGGCGAGGCCUGAGAGCGGUCGUAGCCCCGUUCCUGAGGCCAUGGUUGCCGCAACAGCAAUGCAACAGCAGCAUUACCCGAUGAUGCAACAGGCCGGUGCACCUACGAUGGCACAGCUGACGCCCGUCAACCCGCAAUACCAAGGCGAAGUGGCCGCAGUGGCCCCGCCCGCAUAUGAGCCAGAGGUGGUUGAGACAGCCGAGAAGCUGGACAGCCUUGACCUCGGCAUCAAUGCCGAUGCUCUGACUUCGGGUGACCUCAACAUGAACCUUAGCGACCUGACCGGUCCAAACUUGUUAAUGGACGCAAACCUGUCAGCGAGCCUGUUCGACAGUGGCAACAACAUUGCAAGUGAGUCAAACCUCAUGGAAGAUGGCCGGGGACUUCUCAACGACCUGGGUGGCAGUCGUGUCUUCAAGACAGAGCCGUCUUAAUGCCAGUGGUGAUCUUCUGCUUCUGUUUGUGUGUUUGUUUUUUAAGUGCUGUGAAUGCUAGUGUGCGGGUCUUAGGCAGAUGACAUGUGAUCGGUAUGGUACUCCGCAUCUGUUUCAAAUUACGAGAGACAUCAUAGUGUGGCGGGCUUCAAAUCUCAUUCAGCUGUUCACUGCCUAGUGGUAUAAAUCAGCUGGCAUGCUCUCUUACGUAGCUGUUUACUGCUAAGGUAUAGAGCACUCGGCAAGCUUUUUAAUUUGACUGGACAGAGUGUCCUAGCUGUGGGAUGCUUGUGAUAAACAUUCCUUCUUUUAGAUUUACUCUGCAAAAGGAAGCUAUGCCUAACCAUAAUAUCAGUUGUAAUUGGCGUUAUCUGCUAUCGGAAGUUCCUGGAGCUCAGCGAUGCAGGCAGUGAGCUUGGUAACAAAGACUUUUGAAAGUUUACGAUUGGUAAAAAUUGAAGCUCGACACUGUGGUGUCUCAUGUGAUGCAUAGCUGGCUAAAUGAAAUUCGCAUUAUCCACUAUUUCGCUCUUUAUAUAUUCUCGCUGUGCACGCCUUUCUCACAAAGGAUGCCCGAAACCGUUGCCACAGUUGUAGCAUCUCAAUACCGCAUGAGAUUCAGCAGGCUAGCUUAUGGCAAAUAUUUUGCUGUAAAUGUUAUUGUUCUUUUUUGCAUAUACAGUAUUUUCCUUAGACAUAAUAACUUACCUACUUAGACAAAUAAUUCAGACAAUGGUUCUGUGCAGAACGGUUGUUUACGUUAUGCACAAGAAAUGUGUUACGAAUUAAGGUACUGUACCAUACAUCUGAGUACCAGUUUAUUUGCAUGGUUUAAAAUGCUUAGCAUAAUCUGUAAGGAGUGUUUAAUGAGAAGUGCAGUGAGGGGGCUCCCAACUAAUGUUGUUCAUCCACGCUUCCUUAUUAAGGUUAUUUCAGUAAAUCAAUCUAUAUUUGAACAUGAUUCCAAAGCACAGUACACAAGUUGUUUAGCGUUAUGCUGUUGUUGUAAGGUUCUGGCCGUGCAGCCAGUACUUGAACCCAUAACCUUGUGUUCAAAACAGCCAAGUAUGAAAUGUCAGGUGUGCAGUUGGACUCUGCCGGUAAUCAAAUCUUUUGUUCAACAUGCUCUUGCUUGUGAAGACAUUUUGUACUGAAACUCUUUCAUAUGCACUCCUUAAGUUUUGUAUGCUUUGCAUAUAGUUGAAGUUUUUUGGUACAUGUAUUAAUUUCAUAAGUUUACGUGGAUCGGAUACAUAAUUCCUGGAAUAGUAUCCUAUUAGUUCAAUAUUUGUACAUCUUCUAUGAAGCGGUUGAUUAUGGUGAAAUUUUGCUACAUCUAUUUUGCAAGUGCGCAGAUGUCCAUAUUUUUGUGAUCUCUUGACGUGCUGAUAAACAUCACUCCGUCCUACACCGCGAGUGAAAACGGCUUUAACGAUCUGCACGCUAUCCAGCAAAAACUUUGGCAUUCAUUCUUGUGUUGUUUACUCUUUGGUCACACUGGCUUGUGCAAGUUCGUUUCCUCAAGGUUGGGCAUCUGCAUGUCAUUGCUUUUAGCACCUGUAAGAGAUUGCUAGGCGAUUGUGCCGAUUGUUGUGGCUAAAUGUCGCUUUCUCAAUUUCCACUCUUCACGCCACCUCAUCAAGUUUGUAUGGAUUCUGUCAGAACUGAAUUCACUUCCCCCAAGUAUUGUGUUCACCCAAUUCUUAUAUCUGCUGGACUUUACAUCAGUGAAGAGAGCAUGGACUUGACCAUUGCAUUUAGGAAACGCACAUCGAAAUUUAUUACGUUUAUUUUAUGUACGUCAGUACUGAUGCCAUGAGGUCCACAACAUUCCCUUGCUGGUGUGGUACUUUUUAUUUGAUAUUACAGUUUUUCUGGCGAAAUUAAGGAUUCAUUUUAUGCGUACAAAAAAAAAGGCAUAUAUUAGAAUUGGGUAACACUGCACAUGUAACGGGGGUAGCGAACGUAUGUAGAAAGAAUUGGUUUUGUUUUCGAUGGCCCAGUGUUCUUUUUGAGAACUGCCAUCUACAGUGUUGACAUCUUGUCAUCUAUGAAUGUUACGAGCUUCUCAUUUCAUCACUGCUCUCGUCGCCUACUUCCAUCUGCUUGUUUGAAUGUCUGUUAAUGUCGUUGAAAAUGUGCAUUUUGUGUCGUUUUAUCGGUGGAGAUUGUUGAGGCAAUAUGAACUCGUUUUGGCCGGACGGGUAAAUGGCGUUUCCAGAUGUUGGGACGGUUUGUUGUUGAGGCUUCUAGGAACUGACGGAUACUGUAGCUUUGUCUGUGACGUUGCGCCACAUAGCUGGUCGCUUUGUCACGGUCGUCGAUUUGAACCCGAGGAAAGGUUGGGUGGUGAAUGCAAUGCGUAAACAGCGAAGUGGCAGGUUUUUAUUACUCUAAAACGCUUCGCUGGGCACUUCUCGUCGCGGGAGUGUGCUUACGUGUAAAUAUCGUCGGUGAACUCGUUCAUUUUCCAGCUGUUGCUGAAAGUUCAGAUCGAAGAAUGGCACAUGCAAGUUUUUGUGCUACCUGAAUGCUGGGAAAUGUUCCGGCAUAAACAGGAAUAGCUUGAGCAAACUGAUAAUUGUGAUUAUGACUGCAAAGUGGGAAUUAUUUUUGUGUGUACUACGUUUAAAAGUAUUGUGCUUCUGGGCACUUCAUUCGAGCAGAGCUAGUUUUGCAAGAAAACAUUGGCAUGCCCCCUUCCAGAAAAAAAGCACUUACUUUUAACUGAUUCAUAAAUUCUGGAAUUUGCUUGCAGAAUGUCACGUGACGCGUUCCGAUAGGAAGUUACCUGAUGUUUAGACUCUUCCCGUAGAAUGUGCUAUGGCACAAAUGUUGCUUGAUCGUGAUAGACAAGUGUUGAGCAGUGAAUGAAUCGUAACCACUCGGUAACGCUAGUUAACGUGGUCACACGCAAUAGUACUGCUGCAGUGCUUAGACAGUGGUAUGCCUUCACUUAAACUAACAGCACGAAUUCUCACGCGGUACCCUCUUGAAAUGCGUUGAUCUGACAUUAGUUAAUCUCCGGCCGUCUUUCUGUGAAUACAAUGACGUAGGAUCAUUUCCAAGAUGUUUUUGCCGGGAUUCUGCACACUUCGGGAGUUUAUCAAUUUUUUUAUGUUUUAACACCACUGAAUUGUUUUAAUAGCUGUGAUAUGCAUGAAACAUGGUUUUUCACAAGUCCUUCCUAUUGAGGCGCAUUUAUUUGUUUCGGAGGCUUUUCGAUGCUUGGUGGUGGCGGUGGUGCAAUACAUCCUUCAUAAUUCACACACUUCGAAAGAUGCAUGAUGUUUCAACUGUUUGAUAUUGGCCAGUGACUUAUCAUCACUUUCAGCUUUCAACUCGAACACUCCUGUGCGAUGUAGCACUUCAUUGCACAUUUACUUGGUAUUCCUAAUAUCAGCGGCUCAGACUGAGGUCUUGCACACUUUCAUGAGCAAUAUUCAAGCGCCUACGACACAUUUUAGUUCCAUGUAAAUAUCUGUGCACCAGCUUUUUUUUAUCAUUUCUUAUUGUAUUGUAGUUCCAUUUGAUAGACACCAAGGACGUGUCUUUACUAUACCUUUGUGCCGAAUAUUUUUUUAAAAGGCCUCUUUGGCCUAGUGCUCAUGCUGACAUAAUCAUUAUAUGUUGUUUGCUCUCAUAGAUAUUUGUGUUGGGACAUUCCAUAUCUUUUAUUAUUUUUGCAGUUUUUAAUUGCUCAAGAGAUUUAUGUUACACAUUUUUUGUGAGGAUGCAUCGGUCUAUAUAAUCGCUUCUGUGAUUUUGUUGCACGUUAUCUGUGCUUACAGUUUUGUAUCUGACGAGACAACAUGUAUUCUGUCGAACUGUAACCAGCGAAAGAGUUGCGCAUUGCUGGAUGUUUCGCACCUGUUGCUGGCACUCUGUAGUUUGUGCUGUGGCUUAGAAUGUAGUGUCCACCAAUAGCUCAUUUACCUCGAUUACAAUGAAUUGUCACAUGAUGUCUGUACUGCAAACAUUACAAGUGUGUGCUGUCGAUAGGCAGUUGAAGUUGUAUAGCAGUAUUCACUGGGUAAGUGCUUCUAGUAUGUGCAGCAACCUGGCAUGCUUUCUGUGUAAGUUGGCACGUUUGUAAAAUUACCAUUGUCAAAGCUGUCAAGUCCCAAAUCCCCGGCGUCAUGCAUGUAAAACGUUUUGACACAGCUUCGUGGUACUUCGGUGUGACUUAACGACACGUAAACCUCAUUAUAACAAACUUGCAUAUUACAUGAAAUUAACUUCGUUAUAUCCGAAAAUUUGUUUUAAAGGUUUAUUCUUAACACUAAAUCUAUUGCGAGACUAUUUUUUAUUUAAUUUGUUAUAAUCGAUAUUUCGUUAUAUCAGCACUCAUUAUAUCGGGGUUUGAGUGUAUUACUGGAAUAUUCUUACUGCACGCCAGAGCAUUUGUGCUUAUCGGCAAACUAAAUUAUUUUGCAAGUUGGCUUGAGGUGCAACCUUAUCUUCUGCCAGCCUUCCACAAAUGAUUCUUGAGAUACACAAAAUAGUGAGGGGAGUGCUUAUUUUUGAAUGAGCAUAAUAAAUGAGCUACAGUCAUGCGAGUUGGUUGUUGCCAUGAUUGCUAACAUGUCAUUUAUAUCGGUAUCUCCAAAGCCAUCCACUGUUGCUUCUCAGACAUAUUAAAUUCGACAUAACAGCCAGGGCAUUUGGCUAUGUCCAUCUCACUUGCCAUUCCAAUGGUAAGCCUUGCGAAUCUUCCUGCCUUGGGUACUUGCAUCAUUAAGUAAAAUAGGUUAGGUAACUGGCCCAGCUGGCAAAAGGCUGAGUGUUUUCUGUCUGGAAGAUUUAUGCAUGCAAUGGCAAAGCUUAAACAUAGGUUGCAUUUGACAAUUGUGAAUGUCUAAAAAACUUUAGUCCUAUGAUGCUUUACGGUUCCAAGUUAAAAUACGGCCUUGGCUGUCUGUCCCAUGGUCAUCACUUUUGAAUGAGCAUUUCAGUUAUGGAAAAUGAAGCAUGUUCAAGCUUGCAUUUCUGUUCUGUUGUUGUUUGUGUAUCUGUUCUGUACAUUUGGAUGCUUUUGAGCAUGCUUGGCCUGUAAAAGGAACGCUAUACCUUGUUCGUGCAAAAAAACAAAAGGCCACCAUGAAAGAGGAUCUUGCAACACUCUUGGGACCAUUUGACAAGCCCUUCUUCAGAGGUAUUGCGCUGUACCCAUUUAAAGAAAUGCUAUUGACUAGCAUUGCUAAAUCUUACUCUGAUUUCCUUAUGUGCCCCGCUCCCAUUUUCCCCCCUCCCCAAGUUUCUAGGAUCUGUAAGUGAAUGUGUACUUCGACGUGUUUACUCGCUGAACAACUCUUGCCGGAAGUUGGUGUGCACGCAUUUUUUUGAGUCGUGUGUGCUGACUGUAGAUACUGACACAGAAGGCAAAUUGGCAAGUUUUUAGGCUAUAUUUGUUGUCUUGUCACUUAGCGAUCAGAUAUGAUGUUACAGGCCAACCGCCACACUAUAUUGCUUUGGCUCAAUGAGUUAUAAAUGAGAACCAAUUCACUAUUUGAUUGCAUGCAGUAGUUUUGGCAAAGUUGCAGGUCUUUAAUUGUGAAAUUUUCCUGUGACUGGUUUUAAAAAGCACCCAAGCGCAGGGUGCAUGCACAUUCUCAGUGACAUUCCCUGUGUUAAUUCUGUGCCAUGGCCUUCGAGAUCUGUUGUGCGUCGUCGCGGUUGCUGCCAGAUCUCGGAGCUCAUGCUUAGGGAGUUAUGGUUAUUCAUUCUUUUGAGUUCUGCAUCAUUUUCAGCUAGCUAUAAAUAUAAAGGCUGUUCUCUCUUUUCUUUUUGAAUAUACAAGUAUUUUUGCAUCAAAUAUGCCAUCUCUGUGAAUGCUUCAUAAAGCGUGCACAUUUCAAGUGUAAUACUCUCAUGCAGCCCAUAACCAUGCUUUUGAUGCAAUGCAAAACAAUGUUGUCAGAGUUAGCUUUCAACGCAGCUGUAGAUAACUGAAUAGUACCAUUGCAAAUUUGAAUACGUCUACUGCGCAAUACAGCAAGGCAUUUGUAAUUCUGGUUCCAGUGCAGAUUGAAGGCACAUCAGACAUUGGAGUGUUCACCACAUUUUUAGUAGUUGCGGGGUGUCUCCAUUUCUUGUUGAUGCACACAGAGAUGCACAUCAGAAGAAACUGCAUGGCAUCGAGCAGCUGCGAAAACGUGCUUCGAAAAAAUGCAUUCGUUUGCUGAAUCUUUAGACCAAGUUUAGAUAUUGCUACAGCACUUGGGCGUUGGAGUACAAAUGAGAAGGGACAAUGUAUUGUGGCUUCAAAAACUAUUGAAAAUGUUUGUUACUUGGUGCAGUAAACAACAGAAGUGUACAAAGGUUACUGAAAAAGAAAAGAGUUUUAAGAGUUGUUCAAAAAAAAAAGUGCAGAAAAAAUUGUGUUUAUGCUUUUUUCUUCAUCAGAGCAUAAUGUACUGUGAUUGCCAUGCGAGUCAACAGCCUUUCUAUUUUGUGAAUGUGUGUGUGUGUGUCAAAAUGUGAGUACCUUUUCCUGUAUGUUUUCUUUUUUGUUACUGUGGCUUCCUUUGUCAUAUAAAUACAUAGGGUUUACACUGUUACAUUGCCCAAUAAGGUAUACUAAGAUGUACAUAGUCUGUGCUUAAUAAAAAGGCCACAUUACUUGGUGCUUUUGAAAGCUUA